CGUCAUCGGCGGCACAGGGUACCGCACGCCGGAGCCAGCAGCGUAUUGUCCGGUAGAAAAGCGACAACACAAAUGCGUUUUCUCGGAGCUGUAAAAACACGCCAAUAGAGAGGGCUUGUACUUGUAUUGCAACCGGCGUUAAAACCAACGAGAACUCGCUAUGUGUAAAUAUGCGAUAUUUAACGCGAGGCGCCUGUUGAUAAACGGGGAUGUUUGUGAAUGUAAAGUCUGCCUUCAAUCCAAGCCCCGUUAUGACGCCAAAAUACCGCUAACGUCAGGUAGCUACCGCAGCUACGCUAAGUGGGGUUGGAACAAUGUGGAAUUACAAUGACCCCCUAACGCGCGCUUGUAAACAGCCGCACGCGGGCUGCAUAGCCAAUAGCUCGCCGAUGAAGCGUCCUGCAACGUGAUUGGUCAGCUUGCGCUUUUCAUUUUGAGCCAACAUCUAUCGCCCUACAGGGAGUUUGAAUAGUAAAAGUCAAUUCACCACUGUAAAAGUGCACACUAUCUCGUUAAUGGCCAGAUGGUCUAUUCUUUUAAUAUUUAACCUAUGUGACAGUUGCUCCAUCAACGUUUUACAGCAGAUCCAGGUGUGGACUGUGACUUUGAGCUCCACGUUAAUAGAUAGUAGAGGAUAGUUAGACUACAGGUAGUCCUGCUCCAGUCACCUGGAAAUCAGCAUGGCUUCUCAAAAAUCAGACACUGCAAUGGCUCCAAAGAUCACAGUAGAGCUGCUCAAGCAGCUUCGCCAGGCAAUGAAAAACUGCAAAUUCUUCUCAGAGCCCAUACAGGCUUACAUCGUCCCUUCUGGAGAUGCACACCAGAGUGAAUACAUUGCACCGUGUGACUGCAGACGUGAGUUCAUCUGUGGAUUUAAUGGAUCUGCAGGUACAGCUAUCGUCACAGAGCAGCACGCCGCGAUGUGGACUGAUGGUAGAUAUUUCCUCCAGGCCAGUCAGCAGAUGGACAACAACUGGACUCUAAUGAAAAUGGGGCUGAAGGAGACACCCUCCCAAGAGGACUGGCUGAUCAGCGUCCUACCAGAGAACUCCAAAGUGGGAGUAGAUCCCUGGAUCAUCGCUGCUGACCAGUGGAAGAACAUGUCCAGGGCGCUGACCAGUGCAGGCCACUCCCUGGUGGCAGUGCAGGAAAACCUGAUCGACGCGGUCUGGUUGGACCGCCCGGAAAGACCCAGCACACAGCUGCGCACCUUGGGCCUAGAGUACACCGGUAUUUCCUGGCAGGAUAAGAUCACAGCUCUGCGAGGCAAGAUGACAAAGAGAAAGGUCACCUGGUUCGUUGCCACGGCGUUGGACGAGAUUGCGUGGCUUUUUAACCUGCGCGGUGCCGACAUCGAGUACAACCCUGUCUUCUUUGCAUAUGCCAUCGUGGGGAUGAACACAAUAAGGCUUUUUGUGGACCUGAAGCGUCUGUCUGCUCCAGCAGUGAGAGAACACCUGCAGCUGGACUCUCCUAGCAAGCCCGAGCUGAGCAUCCGGGCCUUCCCGUACGAAUCCGUCUACACGGAGCUCCAGGCUAUCUGCGCCGCACUAAGCCCCAAGGACAAAGUGUGGAUCUGUGACAAGGCCAGUUGUGCUCUCACACAGGUCAUCCCCAAGAGCAACAGGUCUCCGAUUCCCUACACUCACCUCUGCCUCGCCAAGGCAGUGAAGAACGCAAACGAGAUUCAAGGCAUGAAAACGGCCCAUAUCAAGGAUGCCGUUGCUCUUUGUGAACUCUUUGCUUGGUUGGAAAAGGAGAUUCCAAAAGGUGCUGUGACGGAGAUCUCUGCAGCCGAUAAGGCCGAAGACUUACGCAGUCAACAGAAGGAUUUUGUUGGCCUCAGUUUUCCCACAAUUUCCAGCGUCGGUCCAAACGGAGCAAUCAUCCAUUACAGACCUUUGCCUGAAACCAACAGAACCCUCUCCCUGAACGAAGUUUACCUGAUCGACUCCGGAGCUCAAUAUGUCGAUGGCACUACAGACGUCACGCGCACCAUGCACUUUGGGACACCAUCAGCGUUUGAGAAGGAAUGCUUUACCUACGUACUGAAGGGACACAUAGCUGUCAGCGCUGCGGUUUUCCCCAACGGAACCAAAGGCCACCUGCUGGACUCAUUUGCCCGUGCAGCCCUGUGGGAGUCGGGGCUGGACUACCUUCACGGCACGGGCCACGGCGUGGGCUGCUUCCUCAACGUCCACGAGGGGCCGUGCGGCAUCAGCUACAAGACGUUUGCUGACGAACCUCUGGAGGCCGGCAUGAUCGUCAGUGAUGAACCUGGGUACUAUGAAGACGGUUGUUUUGGCAUUCGCAUUGAAAAUGUGGUCCUUGUUGUGCCAUCCGAGACCAAAUACAACUACAGAAGCCGAGGUAGUCUGACCUUUGAGCCGCUCACUCUGGUUCCCAUCCAAGUCAAGAUGAUGAGCACAGAGCUGCUCACUCAGAAGGAGCGUGACUGGGUGAACGACUACAACAGAAAGUGCCGGGACGUGAUUGGAGCAGAGAUGCAGAGGCAGGGCAGGAAGGAGGCGCUGGAUUGGCUGAUCAGGGAGACCCAGCCGAUCGCCUGAGGACGGACUCCGGUGCGACCCGUUCCUCGGCCCAGGAGUUCAGUGCCGUCGGUUUCUCCACAUCGAUGGCCGUCUUUUUCAGUGUCUCACACUUGGCUUCUUUUGUAAAGCAUAUUGUAUCCCCA